AUGGAGGCGCCAACCGGCCUCCACAAGCUGCGGGGCCCGUCGCCCAUCGUGUGGGCCAUGCGCACCCGCGUCGCCCCGCCGCCGCGGCUCGCCGAGCCGAUCCCCCGCCCCGUCUACCCACCUCCUCCCCCGCCGCAGGCGCCCCUCCCUCCGCCGACGGAGAAGCGGCGCCGCGGACGCCCGCGGAAGUGCGAAAGCCUCCCUCCGCCGCCGGGGUUCGCGCCCUUGCCGGCCGCGCGUCCGGCUCCGGCCGCCCCCAUCCCCGCCCAAGGGAAAGGGAAGCUGGAUGGGCUACAGCCGCACGUGCUCACCAUUUCUUCGGGAGAGGAUAUCAUAUCAAAAGUCGUGGCAGUCUCACAGUUGACUUCGAAGGCAAUCUGCGUUCUUUCAGCUCUUGGGGCUGUUAAGGAAGCUUUUCUACUUCAGCCAUCCGGUGUCGUUUUAAAUCACAAGGGUCCUUUGGAAAUCAUCCGGUUGUCUGGAUCCAUUUUGACACCUAAUGACCAGCGUUGUCUACGUGUGACCCUUGCUUCUGUCAAUAGUUUUGUGAUCAGUGGCAUCAUAGCUGGACCUCUCGUAGCUGCAACACCCGUUCAGGCAAUUCUUGGAAGCUUUCACAAUGUUGCGUUCUGGCCAAACAAUGCACCUAGGGCUGCUGUCGCAAGUGUUCCUAAAACCCAAGGUAGUGUUGGGAACAGCAUGACUCUACCCAGCAAGUGUUCCAACUCAGAAUCUGCACCUUGCACUCCAGUUGAACAGAAUGGAUCAAGUGAGAUCGAUGUGAAGCCCUCUCUUGAAAUGCUUAUCCCAGGAUAUGCAGCUUGUACUUCGGCACAACCGAAUAUUUCAAGUGAGAUUGAUAUCAAACCCUCUGUUGUAGUGGAUAACUCAACCGGCGGCACGUUUGCCUCUCAAGGUGAUACAGAAGUGCACGCGUUAGAUAGUUGAGCUUUUGUAAGGAUUGAUCACCAUGUAACUCUGAGCUGUAGCUUUAGUCCAGAAGCAGUGGUUUCUGUAGGGAUGAACAAUGUACUCUUGGUUUUUUAGUUGUUAGUUAUGCUUGCAGUGGCUUAUGGCUUGAGAGCUAAUGGGCUUCCAAUCCACCCAAUUUGUUGGUAUGUAUAUCCAAGUUAUGAUGGAAGAAAACGUGUGCUCUUGAGAUGAAUCAUGCCCUUACAUGAUGUUGGAAUGCAAUGGGUGGAAAC